AUGAGUAGUUAUAAUUUUAAUCUCACAGAUGGUUUUUUAGAAGAUUUAAGCGGUGGUCUUUAUAGCAGCGGAAAUAGUAAUAAUAAUAGCAAUAAUAAUAAUACAACGACAACAACCACAACCACAACUACAUCUAGCAACUACAGUAAUAAUAAUAAUAAUAACUAUAAUAAUAAUAUAAAUUUAAAUAGUAGUAUAAAUAAUUUAAAUAGUUUUGAAGGUGGUUUACAAGGAUAUGGCAGGCCGCACGAUAGUGAAGAUCAAUUAUUAUUUCGAUUACCACCUCAUUUAGCAGAAAGAGUUAGAAAAAUGUUGAAACAAAAAUAUAUGGAUAUACCAAUCGAUUUUCAAUUUAGGAAUGAAAGACAAAUGAUAUUUAAAUUUGGUGACGAAACAUACAAUGCCAAUUUAGUAGAUUUACCAUGUGUAGUUGAAUCACAUAAAACAUAUGAUAAAGCAAAUUAUUUCAAAACUGCAGAUAUUGGUCAAAUGAUAUUAGUAAAUGAUAAUAAUAGUAAUAAGGAAAAUAAUGAAUCAAAUGAUAAUAAUAAUAGUAAUAAUAAUAAUAAUAAUAAUAACAAUAAUAACAAUAAUAAUAGUAAAACAAAUUCGGUUCCACCAAAUAAUGUUGUAAAUAAUAUGUUAACAAGUGGUCUAACACCAGCAAGUAAAGAUAUCGUUAAAAGAAAAUUUAGAGUAUAUAACAGAGAAAAGAUUACCGAGUUAGCAAAGAUUGAAGAAGAGUUGGUUAGAAUUAUAAAGCCAAACUAUGGAGAUGGUGAGGAUAUAGAGUUUGUAUGCUUACCAGAUUUGAAGGAUAGAUAUGGUAAUGAACUAUUUAACACAAACUCAACAGAUCCAGUAAUAUUUGAGGAAAAAGCAGACGAUCAAAUUAUUAUAGAUGAUAUUGAUAGUAAUGAUGAAUCCGGUUUAGAAGAUGAACCUGAUCAAAUUAGAACCAUCAAAGUUAAGAAUAUGGGCAAUUCAAUGGGUCACCACCAUCACCACCAACAAAGAAGAAUGGGUCAUAGUAACGACGAUGAUUUUAGCGAUGAUGAUAGAUAUAGUAGAGGCAGACCAAUUUCAGCGGCAGAUAAAUCACCAUUAGAAAAAGAAAGAUCACCAACUGGCAGAAGGGGUAGCGACAGAAGAUCAAGAGGAAGUGACAGAGGCAGAGAUAGAUCCUUUGGUAGUAGUUUUGUAAAUAUGAGUAAUCCAUCUACACCAGUUAGUAUAAAUACAAGUAGCAAUAGUAUCGGCUCAAUGUCUCAAAGUGGCUCAACCCCAACAAGUCUUAAAAUUAAAUUUGCAAUUCCAUCUUCCCCUUCAAUCGAGUCCCUUAAUAAUAUUAAAUCCCCAACAGAUGAUCUUCAAAAGAGUACAAACUCUAUUAGUGCCUCCGCUGGGAGCACACCAAUACUAUCACCUUCACAAAAAUCACCAACCUCGCCAAGAUCGCACGAAGAAAAGAAAAAACACAGACACAGAGACAGAGAAAGAGAUGGAGAACAUAAAAGAAGAAAGAAAGAAAGAAGUAGUACCGAAAAAAGUAGUGAUAUUAUUUCACCACUUACCUCACCACAACAACCAACUCUUGUUCAAUUAGACUCAAGUAUUUCAGAUUUAACAACAUCAACAAAUAAUCUAAACAGUAGUAUAAAUAACAAUAAUAAUAAUAACAAUGUUAUUUCAUCACCUCCAAUAUCAUUUAUCACUGAACCAACUACACCACCUCCACAACAACAACCUCAAAUUAAUAUUUCAGAUUCAACAAAUUCAACAACCUCAGCAUCUACAAGACCAAAAACAAACUCACCACUUAACCAAGCCUCAUCAUCAAUCCAACCUGUUUCAUCCAUACCCAUUAGCACUAGUUCAGAAAACAUUGCACUCCCAUCCACACCACCAAUUUCACUUAGCUCAACUAAUAUUAGUACUCCACCAAUCUCAGUCUCGACACCACCUAUCUCGGCCACUACAGUCCAACAACCAAUUCAAAACAUUUCAACUCCACCCUCAAAUAGUGAUAGUGAAUUAUUAAACCUAAUUGGAUCAUUAAGAAAAUUACAACAAGAAUCUGAAACACUCAAGAGACAAUUACUUCAACUUCAAACCUCAUUAAACAGCGCUCCAAACAAAAUUUUAAGAGAGCGUCAACAAGUAAAAGUAGACGAUGCAACAAAACAAUUAAAUUUAAAAUUAAAAGAAAUUGAAAAUGUUGAAAACUUAAUACAAGAAAUCAAAAAUAAAUAA